GGUCGUCUAGGUGGAGUGGGCUCAGGCAGCGGCGGGGACGGAGAGACGGGGCGGGGGAGGGGCUUGGGGCGCCCCCUCCCCCUCCUGGGGGCGUCCUACCCUCGAUCUGCCUGUCCCGGUGGGGACAUCGGUUCCUGCGAUCGGAUCUUUUCGGAGUAACCUGUGGAUGAAGCGCCGAACGCAGAGUGGCUACCCUCUCCUCCCUGGGUCUCAGCUUCCCCACCUGCAUGAUGGAGGUGACCAUCCCCGCCCUGCUGGCUGCCGGCAGCGGCUGUGAAUCUGUGGUGGUGGGGGCAGCCUGUAGGAAGCCCUAGGGCGCCUUCACAGGCCCAGCCUUCAACCAUGGCGGGAGGGAGACCGCACCUGAAAAGGAGCUUCUCCAUCAUUCCCUGCUUUGUCUUUGUGGAGUCUGUUCUUCUGGGCAUUGUGGUCCUGCUUGCUUACCGCCUGGAGUUCACAGACACCUUCCCGGUGCACACCCAGGGCUUCUUCUGCUAUGACAGUACCUAUGCCAAGCCUUACCCAGGGCCUGAGGCCAGCAGCCGAGCACCUCCUGCCCUCAUCUAUGCCCUGGUCACUGCUGGGCCCACCCUCACGAUCCUGCUGGGUGAGUUGGCGCGGGCCUUCUUUCCCACACCACCCUCAGCCAGCCCUGUCGUUGGGGAGAGCACCAUUGUAUCAGGGGCCUGCUGUCGCUUCAGCCCCCCGCUGCGGAGGCUGGUCCGCUUCCUGGGAGUGUACUCCUUCGGCCUCUUCACCACGACCAUCUUUGCCAACGCGGGACAGGUGGUGACUGGCAACCCCACGCCACACUUUCUGUCCGUGUGCCGCCCCAACUACACGGCCCUGGGCUGCCCUCCGCCCUCUCCUGACCGGCCAGGGCCGGACCGCUUUGUCACCGACCAGGGCGCCUGCGCGGGGAGCCCCAGCCUGGUGGCCGCCGCACGCCGCGCCUUCCCCUGCAAGGACGCGGCCCUCUGCGCCUACGCGGUCACCUACACGGCGAUGUACGUGACCCUAGUGUUCCGCGUGAAGGGCUCCCGCCUGGUUAAGCCCUCCCUCUGCCUGGCCCUGCUGUGCCCUGCCUUCCUGGUGGGCGUGGUCCGCGUGGCUGAGUACCGCAACCACUGGUCUGACGUGCUGGCCGGCUUCCUAACCGGGGCGGCCAUCGCCACCUUUCUGGUCACCUGUGUCGUCCACAAUUUCCAGAGCCGGCCACCCUCUGGCCGAAGGCCCUCCCCCUGGGAGGACCUGGGCCCCACACCCACCAUGGAGAGCCCCCUCGAAAAGUUAAGUGUGGCCCAGGAACCGGAGGCCUGCAGGCCGCAUUCGACACCGGCGCGGCUCACCCCAUCCAAGCCGCAGAACUGCGCCCGCCGUGGCCACCUGAUGCCCAGCUGCGUGUCCUCCAGGGCCCCAGCCAUGUGUUCGUCGCCCCGUGUGCCCCGCCCUCGAUUGAGGUCUGAGCCAACGCCCCUGCCCCUGCCCCUGCCCCUGCCCGCGCCGGCGCCAACCCCCAGCCAGGGGCCCUCGCCCUCCUCCCCUGGACCUGGGGGGCCGGGCGGGGGCGGGGGGCGUGGCCGGAAGCUGCUGCUGCCCACGCCCCUGCUGCGGGACCUGUACACCCUGAGUGGACUCUAUCCCUCCCCCUUCCACCGGGACAACUUCAGCCCUUACCUGUUUGCCAGCCGCGACCACCUGCUGUGAGACCCCACCCCCACCCCGGAAUCUGCCCUUGUCCCUGUUUCUCGCCCCCCCCCCACGCGUGUGUGUGCGUGUGCCAUGAGAGUGCCAAAGCCCCCUGCCUCCCAACCCAGCCAGGUUCAGAUAUCAGGAGAUGGCUGGAGGGGCAACUGCGAGAACCCCUGCCUCUGCCUUCUGGGACCUCUCUGUAGGUAGACUUGCAGAUGGGCACUUUCCCUUAAGACUGCCCUUUAAAGGGCUAAAACUUGACCCUAUUGGCUACUGCCCAGCCAAUGAGUCUCCACUUCUCAGAAUUCUCCCCAAAAAGAGUUUAUUCCAGCCAAUGGGAGUCUCCCUAUCACUUCCUGGAAUCCUCAGGCAAUUUUGCAACUCCAGCCAGUGUUCAGUGUCUGAACACCCAAUAGGAGCCCUUGGCUUUCAGAAUUUCUAGAAUGGGUGGGUAUGAUUCCAGUCAAUGGGGGACCGCCCGUGUUUACUCGUGUGCACACAGGAGGAGGGCGGGGGGUCAUCCUUUGUCACCAGGUCCUCUCUCAGAAUCACAGAGCCCAGCUAGGGUGGGGGACAGGCUCCCCAAUGGCAGGGUCCUGGGGUACCUUUUCCCCUCCCUCGUGUGUACCCUCUCAUCCAGUCCCUCCCAAUCCCUACUUAAGCAGGGCUUGCCCCAGUUGAGGUUUUGGGGUUCAGGGUGCUGUGUCUCCACUUGCCUGUGCCCAGGGCACUCCCCAAACCCUUCUCUUAUUUAUUAGGGCUGUGGGAAAGGACUUUUUUUUCUCGGAACCCACCUGUCCACCUUGCCCACUCUGCCUGGGCCUCACGCAGACGUGCCAUCUUGGGGAGCAUGGGGUAGAGCAGAGGGGCUCCCCUCCCGUGAGCAGCCAAAGGCAGUGGGCAGAGGAGGCACUGUCCCCCUUUUCUGCUCCCUCCUCAUCUUUAAUAAACACCUGGCUUCUCAUCUUUAAUAAAAACCUGUUUGUAGCAGAA